AAGUUGUAUGAAAUAGCUAGAUCGAGCUAUAUCUAUAAUGUAACUUGAAGUAUUUCUAUUUGAUUUUAUAUUUUGAAUCUACAAUUUCAGUUCUCUAAUUUCUUUUCACUUCUGGUUCUUAAAAUAAUCUGGAAAAUAUCCUUAAUUCGUGGACUUUUAUUCUUAGAAAAGUGAACAUCAGCCAAAGUUGUGUAUUUUUCCCAUUUUGGUUGGGUAUUAGAAAGCUAAUUGAGCUGAAGACAUGCUAGAGUUAAGGGAGAGAUUAAUUAUCAAAACAUUUUUACUCGAUUUUCUUCAUUUUUUGCCUGCAGUUGAUAAAUCAUGGUAUUCCAAGUACAUCUCUUAGGAAUAUGGGGAAUCAAGUUCAAAGAUUUUUUGAGCUCCCUUUACAAGAGAAGAAGAGAUGGGCACAGAGAUCAGGAAGUCUUGAAGGCUAUGGCCAAGCAUUUGUAACCUCUGCAGACCAAAAGUUGGAUUGGAAUGACAUGAUCUUCCUCAAAUGCCUCCCCAUUCAGAACAGAAAAUCGGAUUUGUGGCCUCAAAACCCUCCUGAGUUUAGGGAAACAUUAGAGAUAUAUUCUGAAGAUAUAAGGGAAGUUACAAUUUCUCUUGUGAAGUUCAUUACUAUGUCUUUGGGGCUUCAAGACACACAGAUAUCAGAAAGUUUCCGAGAAGGACUAUAUGAAAUAAGGAUGAAUUGCUACCCACCCUGUCCAGAGCCUGAAAGGGUACUUGGGAUUGUGCCCCAUGCUGACAAUUCCGGGAUCACUCUUUUGCUUGAUUGUGCUGAUUUUCCAGGGUUGCAGUUCCUCAAAGAUAAAAAAUGGGUCAAUGUUGAACCUAUAGAAGGGGCCAUUGUUGCAAACAUUGGCCAAAUUAUUGAGGUUAGUACUUAAUUGUGACUCGUUAGGCAGCACAUUCAACCUCAGAUAGAUGAUUGCAGGUUUGUUACCGAUCAAUUAAAUGGAUAUAGCAAUAGCAUUGUUGCAUUAUAUGUGAUCUAGAAUUGCCAUCACAUUUUGUGAUUUGAAAAAUGAGAUUUAGUCAAGGAAAAAAUUUACACUGAUCAGAAAUCAUUAUUCGUAUGAUUCGUAAGAUAGUUAUUGUGAAAAAUAAAAAACAAUAAACUUACCAAACACAACAGUUAGUAACUAGGAGUCUAUUUAGAUAUAAAUUAAAAGUGUUUGAGAGGUUUCUCUACUAAAAAAAGUUAUUUAUUUUCAAUAGAAAAAUUCUCAAAUUUUUUUUUAUUUGUAUUCAAACAGACUCUAGAUGUAACACUUGGAGUGCAUACCCUAUUUAAUCAAAAAU